CUCUACUAUACUCCAAGUCAGAUCUCAACACCUUUGUAUAUAUAACUACCUUCUUUACUCUCAACCGAACACAUAUAAACAUAAGCCGAUCACUCUUCUUUUCCAUCUUCGUAUCAACAAAUUUUCUUGUUUCUUUCAUAUAACCUCGAUCAAACAUCUCCUAAAAUUCAUUUAGAACCUACUUUCUAAUGGACGAGAUUGAAGUUCCUUCAUUUUUUCUGUGUCCGAUUUCUCUGGAGAUCAUGAAAGACCCUGUCAUACUCUCAACCGGCAUAACAUAUGAUCGGAUGAGCAUCGAGAAUUGGAUAUUUUUGAGGAAAAACAACAACUGUCCGGUAACGAAACAGGAGCUUACGGAUGUAGAGUUGACUCCUAACCAUACUCUGAGAAGACUCCUUCAAGCGUGGUGCACCCUCAAUGCAUCAUAUGGCAUCCAGAGAAUCCCAACUCCAAGGCUUCCUGUGAGUACAUCUCAGAUUUCGAAACUCAUCAAGGAUUCGAAGUCUCCUAAGCUUCAAAUGCGAUGCCUUAAAAGACUCAAAUCCAUUGCAUCAGAGAAUGAGACGAAUAAACGUUUUAUGGAAUCAGCGGGAGCAGCUAAUUUCCUGGCCUCGAUUAUCAUAAACGCAAAGAGAUCAUCAGCAGAUGAAGUAGUUGAGGAGGAAUUUGAAUUAACAAGGGCCGAAGAUGAGGCACUGAGCAUUCUAUAUCAACUCCAACUAUCCGAGACAAGCCUGAAGUCUCUAAUUAGAUCAGAAAACGGUGAAUUCAUCGAGUCCAUGAUCCGUUUCAUGAAGUCCGACAACUACGAAUCACGUACUUACUCCAUUCUACUUCUUAAAACAAUCUUUUACGUUGUGGAUCAAGCAGAAAUGAAGAGUUUCAGAGGAGAACUGUUAAAAGAAGUCAUUCAUGUUUUGAAAGACGAAAUCUCUCCCAAGGCCUCCAAAGCUGCAUUGCAAGUACUAAUCUAUCUCUGUCCCUUGGGCCGAAACAGGAUCAAAGCAUCAGAAGCUGGAGCCGUUCAAGUAAUCGUCGAUUUCCUGAUUUCUCAUCCGUCAGAUAAGAGGUGCUCCGAAAUGGCUCUGACCGUGCUUGAACUGCUGUGUCAAUGUGCUGAAGGGAGAUCGGAGUUGCUGAAACAUGGAGCUGGAUUAGCUGUCGUUUCAAAAGGAAUACUCAGGAUUUCCCGAUUUGCGAGUGAUAGAGGAGUGAGGAUCAUACAUUCUAUUGCAAAGUAUUCGGGCAGUAGCUCAAGUGUUCUUCAAGAAAUGCUGCAACUGGGAGUUGUAUCAAAGUUGUGUUUGGUGCUUCAAGUGGACUGUGGAAGCAAGACUAAGGAAAAAGCUACUGAGAUUCUUAAAAUGCAUUCUAGAGCUUGGAAGAAUUCUCUUUGCUUUCCCAUGGCUAUUACUUCUUCAUAUCCAGCUUGAAGACCAAGAGAUUAUUAUUUCAUAAACAAUUUUCAGACUCAUUAUUAUUUCAUUUGUACAAAGACAAUAUUUGUAUAUAGUUAGGUUAUACAGUUCUCUAGCCUGAAAUUUGCAAGUGUCUAGAGGAAUUUUGAAAUCAUAUUGAGGAAAUUUUAUUUUAUUGUACAA